AUGCAGAAUAGUCAGCGCUAUUAUGGCACGACUAUUGUGCGAUAUGCGGCCGUAUUACUCUUCAACAUCGCACGCCGUCGCCGUCGCAGCUACGGGAGUAUAGCAUACAUAACUUCCGGGAUCUGCGUCAAAUCUUUAGGCUCAACUACACUUGCGGAAGCACACGCUAUAGUUUUCGUACAAGAGACGACAAGAAUUCCUAUUCCCAAAGUGAUCGUAGUAUUCACAUACAUGGACAGGACGUACAUUGUUAUAGAAAGAUUACGCGCCGAAAACCUCUCCACAGCUUGGUGCCGCCUGUCUCCAAGCUCUAGUGGCAUUAUACUGGAUCAGAUGCGGGCUAUUGUGCAUGAGUUGCGAGGGGUUCCCACGAACCGUAGCAAUGCGGUAGGAAAUGGUCCGUUCUCGUCAAUUACCGAGUUUCAUAGGCAGCUUCGCAAUAGUUUGGAACGCAGCUACGACGCGCAAUUCAGCUCAGACCUGACCCGGCUCAUCGAUUUCCACGAACAGAACUGGGAUCCUCCACUCUUCACUCAUGGUGAUCUAAGGGCCUCUAAUAUCCUUGUACAGGGCGACAGGAUCGUUGGUAUCAUUGAUUUGGAGACGGCAGGCUGGAUGCCCUCAUACUGGGAACAUCGGCAAGAAGUGUCGAAGUUUAUGGACCCGGACCCUUGUGCCGUAGAGAUGGAAGUUAUCAGACGCAAAUACUUCGGCGAUAUCUCUUGA